CACAAACAAAUACAAAAGUCAUUAAAACACCAUUCCUCCAACACUUUCUUUAUUUUGACUUAACCAUGGCGGAGGGAAGAGGCAGUGCAAUGGUGGCAGCGGUGGUGCUCAGCUUCAUGUUGGUGUCACUUCAUUGUGAGGUGGCUCAGGCCGCCACUUAUGUUGUAGGUGGUCGAAGCGGUUGGACCUUCGGCCUCUCCAACUGGCCACGUGGCAAGAAUUUCAAGGCUGGAGACAUUCUUGUCUUUAACUACAAGAUAGGAGCACACAAUGUGGUGGCAGUGAACAAGGCAGGGUAUAAAGGGUGCAGCAACACUCCAAGAAAUGCAAAAGUCUACAGUAGUGGAAAAGACCAAAUUAGGCUUGUGAAGGGUCUGAAUAACUUCAUUUGCACUUUCCCUGGUCAUUGUGACGCUGGCAUGAAGAUUCAAGUGUGUUGUAUAAGCAUAAGUAAAGGUUCAAUCGGAAUUAUAUCUCAUUUGAAGUUAAGGAUCAAUGUGUGUUCUGUGUUUGUUAUUAUAUGUGAAGAAGAAAACGGGGAAGAAAACAUUGAUGAGGAGGGUCUUUAUGACUUAUCUUUUCUUGGUGAUUCCAUUUUCGAUGUGCCAAUUUCUAUUGUCUUGCCCAACCAGCCUGAAAAGGAAUCUAAAGGUGAGGGGGAUCAAUUUGAUCAGGGGGACCCUGAAUCAUCAAGUUCCGAAUAA